ACACUAAUAACAAAUAAAGAAGAUGGAAGAAAUAGAGGUACCAAAACCAAUAUUGAUGCCAAUUUCAGGAAAGGAGCAAAAGUGUGUUGGGAAUAUAUUUAGUUGCAGUUUUAAUGCAAGAGAGAAGAAACUGAUAUGUGUGACCAGUGGCAACUCUUACUUGGGUUCUUUCAUUGUCAAAGAGCUAUUGGCUCAUGGUUACCUUGUUCGAGUAACCAUUCAACACCCAGCUGAAUUUGAAGAUGUGAAAGACCUGCUAGGGGUGGAAGAUUUAAACCUAUUGGAAAGUGUAGUUGUAACCAAGAUGGAAGAUUUACAAAGCCUUUGUGAUGCUUUUAGAGGUUGCCAUGCUGUUUUUCAUACAUCUUCCUUCAUUGAUCCACAUGGUAUCUCUGGUUAUUCAGAACAAAAGGUGUUUUUGGAGACUGAAGUGGCAAGGACUGUCAUGGAAGCUUGUGCUAAGGCAGCCUAUAUAAAGAGAUGCGUCUUCACUUCAUCUCUAUUGGCAUCCAUUUGGAGGAAUGAAAAUAUAGAUGGAAUUAUUGAUGACAGCUGUUGGAGCAGUGAAGAAAUUUGCAGAGAAAAUAAGCUAUGGCUUGCAUUGGGUAAGACCAAGGCAGAGAAGGUAGCUUGGAUGAAAGCAAAGGAGCUAAAAGUAAACCUGGUUACUGUCUGCCCUGGUCUUCUCAUGGCUCCCACUUUUCCAAAUUCUCAUAUACAAACUUCUAUACCAUACCUUAAAGGUGGGCAGAUGAUGUUGCAACAAGGUUGCUUAGCAAUUGCAGAGGUGGAAAAAGUGGCCAAAGCUCAUGUUAGUGUGUAUGAAGGCAUGAAUUGUGGAGCAAGUGGACGGUACUUAUGCUUUGAUGGAGUUGUGAGAAGACAGCAAGAGGCCAUUGAACUUGAAAAGGGUUUAAAAAUGACAGGUUUUUUGUUGGGAGAAAGACAUGUAGUCUUAUCAGAAGAAGACGAAGAAGAAAUUCCAAUCAAAAUUAGCAAUUCAAAACUUGCUGCCCUCUUAAAUAAAAUCAAUCAACGCUUGCCUUGUAAAACUUGAAACCUCGUUGUAAUAUUUUAUUGAGAUUUUUAUUUCUCGAGUUAAAUUAUUGAUAGAAGAAAAAAAAUAAAUCUUUGAGCACUCGAACAUGUCUUUCAACACAACAUGUAGGUUUUACAACAUGAUUGUUGGAAUCAAACUGAAUCUGUUGGACUAGAAAUGAUUGAUAUAUGGGAAAUAUUCUAACAUUUUGUUGA